AACCUCAAAAAAUUACCAUAACAUAAGCCAAUAUUAUGAGAACAAUUAUUGCUGGCUCGUUUCUAGUAGAAACCAUAAAGGAAUUCCACGUGUGAAAUUAAUAACCACUUAACAAAAUACAAAAAAUCGGAAACAAAAACUCUUAUCCACAUCAUAUGGUCUCUCCCAUUCCACCAGCACCCUUUCCUUUCUCUCUCUAAAAUCUUCUAGAGAGAGAAACUCCAUCUCCACCUCACCUCACCUCCUCCUCCCCUUCUUCUCCCCCCAAAUGCCACACUCUAUACACCUUCAUAUUCACACACUAAUAAUAUAACAAUGGCUUUCUCUCAACUCCUCCCUUCCCCUUCUUCCCCUUACCUCACCCACCACAAAAACCCCACCUUAAACCUCUCAUUUUCACCGUCUAAUUUCACUUCAACCCCCCUCCCCCACCCAAACUCCCACCACCGUCGUCAUCACCGUCACCGGAAACUAACCUCCACCGCCACCGUCCACUGCCAAUCGGAAAAACACGAAACCAACAUUCCCCCUCAAAACGACGUCGUGGAGCUCCCACUAUUCCCCCUCCCACUCGUCCUCUUCCCGGGUGCAAUCCUCCCUUUACAAAUCUUCGAAUACCGCUACCGAAUCAUGAUGCACACUCUCCUCCAAACCGACCUCCGAUUCGGCGUUAUUUACACCGAUGCCACCACCGGAACCGCUGACGUAGGCUGCGUGGGCGAAGUCGUAAAACACGAGCGCCUCGUAGACGACCGGUUUUUCAUAAUCUGCAAAGGUCAAGAGCGGUUUAGGGUUACGAGAAUCGUACGGACGAAGCCCUAUCUGGUGGCGGAGGUGGUGUGGUUAGAGGACCGGCCGUCGGGGAACGGUGAGGAGGAUUUGGAAGGGCUGGCGAGUGAAGUGGAGAGUCAUAUGAAGGAUGUUAUUCGGUUAUCGAACCGGUUGAAUGGGAAACCGGAGAAGGAGGCUGGGGAUUUGAGGAGGAAUUUGUUUCCAACGCCGUUCUCGUUCUUCGUUGGGAGUACGUUCGAAGGGGCGCCUCGCGAGCAGCAGGCGUUACUGGAGUUGGAGGAUACUAUGGUGAGGUUGAAGAGGGAGAAGGAGACUUUGAGGAAUACUUUGAAUUAUUUGUCUGCUGCUUCUGCAGUUAAAGAUGUGUUUCCUUCAUCAAGUUCUUGAUAUUGAAUGAUAAAGUUUAUGGUUUUUAUAGUUAAACAAUUAGUAGUUCUUAUUUGUUGUUUUCAGUUUUGGACCUUUGGUUUUGUGGACUUCUUAUAGCUCCUUUAUUUGUAAAGUUUCUGAUACUUGGUAGUGAAAUUAUCUACAAUCAUUUCACGUU